AUGCCGACUCCCUGGGAAACUUUGUUUAAUAUCCAGCGAUUUGCAGCGAACGGGUUUGCCGUCAUUGCGGCGGAUUACAUCGGCAAGGGCCUGCUUCGGGAAGGGCGUGGCGAGGCGUAUGUCGUCAAGGGCGCAACUACGCAAACGUGUGUGGAUAUUCUCAACGCUGGGCUCGCCGCGCUGGAGGAUCUUGGUUUAACACCGGCGAAACUGUUCCUACAUGGCUGGUCCCAGGGUGCCCUCAACACGCUAUGGUUGCAUCAAGCUCUCCGCUCCUAUGGGAUCGAUAUUGAAGCGACGGCUGUUGCCAGUCCCUUCAGUGAUCUCGAUCAAGCAUGGCAGAGUUGGUCUGGGAAGGUUAUUUUCCCACUGCCGGAGAGUCUCGAGAGCUACCCUCCCCUGGCUGCCUGGAUUGCGCCUUGCAUGAUUGUGGCUCUUGGUAGCUACGAGAUGUACUACAAUCUCUCAGGCCUGAUGGAGACGGCGGUGCGGCCUCAAUAUCGGGAACUAGCAGAAAGAAAUUGGCAAGAUUAUAACAUCAGCGCCAUUGAUCCCUCAAACUCUCCCAACAGUACCAACCUAUUGGCGGAUAGCUUCUGGAAAGGCUACACGAACGAUCACAUCAGUGCGCUGCAACGGCAACUGAUCAUAAAUGCAGCCAUAGACUGGGAAUACGAUAGCUCCAUUCGUUUCUACUAUGGUCUUGCCGACGAAGCUGUCCAUCCGGCGAUGGUGACACGAACAGUUGCUGCUAGGGCAGGUAUGCCGCUGGAAUCCAGGUCGCCAGGACUACCCACCGGGCGGCAUUUCUUGCCGGGCUGUAUGGCAGCGGAGCAUCGCUUGACUGCUCCGAUAACGUGUUGUCGUGGUUUCAGAGCAAAGCUUAGUCGGGCACUCGCUGAGCUUGAUAGGAGGAUAGAUAGGUAUUGA